AUGGCUUCAAAGGUAUUCGUUCUCGCGCUCAUCUUUGUUGUCAUUGUUGGCGUGGCUAUGGCCGCUGAAGCCCCAGCUUCAUCACCAAAGGCAUCAGCACCAGUUGCAGAAGCAGAAUCGCCAAAAACCUCAGAGGCUCCUACCACCUUUUCUGAUUCACCUCCUGCCCAAUCCCCAGUGGUUGUUGACGUUGUCCCUCCUGUUUCCGGCCCUGGUGCAGCUAGUGGUGCUUCUUCUUUGAAAGUCUCCGCUGUUGUUGCUGUCGCCGCAGCUGGCUACUUUGCCUUUUAA